GCCGGCGCCCCCCCCCCCCAUUCCUAGUCAGCUGUUGAGGCCUGAGCCUAGGUUCAUCUGCAGGGCAUCCUGAGCUGCUCUCUUCUUGAAGGCGCAUGGAGGAGCCGCUGGAGAUGCCGCCUGGGGAGGAGAGCAAGCCUUGCUCAGUCUCGGAGGAGCUCGUCACUGACCCCUCCUUGCAGGUUGAGAUUUCAGAUGCAGUCAGCGAACGGGACAAGGUGAAAUUCACUGUCCAGACCAAGAGCUCUCUGCCCCACUUCACCCGCCCAGCGCUUUCCGUGGUCCGGCAGCAUGAGGACUUUGUUUGGCUGCACGACACCUUCUCUGAAAAUGAUGAAUACGCUGGCAUCAUUAUCCCCCCUGCACCCCCCAGGCCUGACUUUGAGACAUCGCGGGAGAAGCUGCAGCGUCUUGGGGAGGGGAACAGCACCCUGACACGGGAGGAGUUCGCCAAGAUGAAGCAGGAGCUGGAGGGCGAGUACCUGGCCAUCUUCAAAAAGACGGUAGCAAUGCACGAGGUGUUCCUGCAGCACCUGGCAGCCCAUCCCGUCCUACGCCGGGACCACAACUUCUACGUCUUCCUGGAAUAUGACCAAGAUCUUAGUGUGCGUGGCAAGAACCGCAAGGAGCUGCUGGGCGGCUUCUUCCGGAACAUGGUCAAGUCAGCUGACGAGGUGCUCAUCACCGGGGUGUUGGGGCUGAAGGAGGUGGACGAGUUCUUUGAGCACGAGCGGACGUUUCUGCUGGAGUACAACACCAGGGUGCGCGACACCUGCCUCAAGGCUGACCGCGUCAUGCGCGCCCACAAGAGCCUGGCAGAGGACUAUAUCCCCAUCUCAGUGGCACUGAGCAGCCUGGGAACACAGGAAGUCUGCCAGCUCCAGACGAGCUUCCUGAAAUUGGCUGAACUCUUUGAACGGCUGCGGAAGUUGGAGGGCCGGGUGGCAUCAGAUGAGGAUCUGAAACUGUCUGACCUGUUCAAGUACUACAUGAGAGACUCACAGGCAGCCAAGGAUCUGCUGUACCGGCGCCUGCAGGCCCUGGCUGAUUAUGAGAAUGCCAACAAGGCACUGGACAGAGCCCGCCUGAGGAACAAGGAGGUGAAGCCCGCUGAGGCCCAUCAGCAGCUGUGCUGUCAGCGCUUUGAACAGCUGUCAGCCUCCGCCAAGCAAGAACUGACUGAUUUCAAGUCACGUCGAAUCUCCGCAUUUCGCAAGAACCUGAUCGAGCUGGCGGAGCUGGAGGUGAAACAUGCCAAGGCCAGUAGCCUGCUGCUGCAGAACACCCUGAUUGUGCUGAAGGGCGAUGCCUGAUGCUGCCACCCAGCCCUGCACCUGGAGAGGGGCCUCUCAGUACCUUGCUACAGAGACACCCCCUCCCCCCCCAGCGCUACUGCUGCUCCCUCAUAACCCAGCCCCAUAUAUUCCUGCCCCUGCACCAACCCUGCUGGCAUUCCAGCCCCCUCCAUACCAGCUCUGGGGGCCCAUCUGACUGUGGGGGCACCCCCCCAACACCCAUUAACUCCCUCCCCCUGGCCUCCCAGAGAUGGCUGCAAGCCAGAGUUUCUUUAGGA